ACCCGCCUUUCCCUUGCAGUGUGUUUUCCUUCGGAAAGUCUUAUUUCUGUAGAGGACCCAGAGGCAAAAUUACAACUCGCAGGCUGAAAUUAAACGGCAGCUGCCUCGUUGCUGUCUGCUUUGUUCUUGAAAGGCUGUUGGCCCGCACCUUCUCCUCAGAAAUCACCCCCGAAUGUUUUCGUCGGAUAGCAUGCGCAGACUGAAAGGAGUGAAAUGGGCAGAAGCUGUGCUUCAUACCAGAAACCUUUGCGCUGCCUGAGGGUCUGAACUCCUGGUAAACAAGCUGGCCUGUUAAAGGACAUGAUUCAGACUGUCCCAGAUCCAGCAGCUCAGAUCAAGGAAGCACUAUCGGUAGUGAGCGAAGACCAGUCGCUGUUUGAGUGUGCCUACGGAACCCCCCACCUCACUAAGGCGGAGAUGACCGCAUCCUCCUCCAGUGAAUAUGGACAGACAUCCAAGAUGAGUCCCCGGGUCCCUCAGCAGGACUGGCUAUCCCAACCCUCGGCCAGAGUCACCAUCAAGAUGGAAUGUAACCCCAACCAGGUCAACGGGUCCAGGAACUCUCCCGAUGACUGCAGCGUGGCCAAGGGGGGGAAGAUGGUCCACAGCCCGGACAGCGUCGGGAUGAACUAUGGCAGCUACAUGGAAGAGAAACACAUCCCGCCACCCAACAUGACCACGAAUGAGCGGAGGGUGAUCGUGCCAGCAGAUCCGACGUUAUGGAGUACAGACCACGUCCGCCAGUGGCUAGAAUGGGCAGUGAAAGAAUACGGACUUCCCGACGUCGACAUCUUGCUCUUCCAGAACAUCGACGGGAAGGAACUGUGUAAAAUGACCAAAGACGACUUCCAGAGACUCACCCCAAGCUACAAUGCCGAUAUCCUUCUCUCCCACCUUCACUACCUCAGAGAGACUCCUCUUCCACAUUUGACUUCAGAUGAUGUUGAUAAGGCCUUACAAAACUCUCCACGGUUAAUGCAUGCUAGAAACACAGGAGGUGCAGCUUUUAUAUUUCCAAAUACUUCGGUUUACCCGGAACCUACCCAAAGAAUUUCAGCUAGACCAGAUUUACCUUAUGAACCAGCCAGGAGGUCAGCCUGGACAAGUCACAGUCACCCCGCUCCGCAACCCAAAGUUACUCCACCCUCCUCUUCAACAGUGCCCAAAACAGAAGAUCAACGCCCUCAGUUAGAUCCUUAUCAAAUUCUUGGACCAACAAGCAGUCGCCUCGCGAAUCCAGGGAGCGGGCAGAUCCAGCUGUGGCAGUUCCUCCUGGAGCUGCUGUCGGACAGCUCCAACGCCAACUGCAUCACCUGGGAGGGCACCAACGGCGAGUUCAAGAUGACGGACCCGGACGAGGUGGCCCGGCGCUGGGGUGAGCGCAAGAGCAAGCCCAACAUGAACUACGACAAGCUCAGCCGGGCCCUGCGCUACUACUACGACAAGAACAUCAUGACCAAAGUCCACGGCAAGCGCUACGCCUACAAAUUCGACUUCCACGGCAUCGCCCAGGCGCUGCAGCCCCACCCCCCCGAGUCGUCCCUGUACAAGUACCCCUCCGACCUCCCGUACGUGGGCUCCUACCACGCCCACCCCCAGAAGAUGAACUUCGUGCCCCCGCACCCCCCGGCCCUGCCCGUCACCUCCUCCAGCUUCUUCGCUGCCCCCAACCCCUACUGGAAUUCACCGACUGGAAGCAUCUACCCCAACACCAGGCUCCCGGCCAGCCACAUGCCUUCUCACCUGGGCUCUUACUACUAAACGGACACACAGACAGACAGACAGACACUCCUCCUCGCAACACCGUCCCUGACGAAUCGCAACGGACUCCUGGAGAAAAUGGAUCUGAAGUGCCUCGAGAAGAACACGGAAGGUGGCUCCCUGGGAGGGGAGGGAU